AUGAUUGUUUCUACUUUGUUGGUUUUUUUAUUUGUUGGUUGUGUGAGGGCUGAUGAUUGGGAUGAUUUUACGAAUAAUCUUGCUACGGAUUUGGUAUGGUUCAUUCUCAUUUAUUCUGGGGGUGUGUUACAAGAUGAUGGAGCGCCAUUGAUUACAUUGUUCGGCGAACGAAUUACGCAACAAUUCUUAUCUGAGUCGAUCAGUGUGCUGGAUAAUGUCAUCUUUGCUCUUUCGCCAUUGGGUGUGUUGACUGCUGUGGUGUCUGUGAUUAGAAUCUGCGGGAGUUCAUCGCUUCGGGCGUUUGUGGGAAGAGCACAGGAAGGUCCUGCUGAGGCUGAAAGUGAGCUGUUGCCCUGUGUUUCGGAAUCCACUGCUGAGCUAUUCAAUGAUGGUGGUGUUGCGCGGGUCUUUGGUAGACCGAAAAUCGUGGAGGUUGUGUCCUGGGAAGAGCUUGAUGAAAAGACUGGGGAGAAAUCGACGAGGAUCGGUACUAUGAAAGAGGCUCUUGAGGAGGGGGCUUGGUCUUGUAGAGGCAAGACGUUUCCGAGUGCAUUGCCUGAACUUGAUAUCCCCAAUCUUUCUUUGAAUAAAGGGAUCAAGAGACGGGGUCAGGGGUGGUUUUAUUCUGCUGCAGUGCUUGGUGGUUUGCUUCAGAGUGGCACUAUAAUGUACGCUAUCCUAACGGUUUUUGUGUUUCCGGAACACUUCAAGAAAGACGACAAAGCUGUCGCCUCAUACGCAUUUCCAUUCUACCUCAUAGGGACGACCAUGUUGUUCAUUGGAAUGUUCUUCUGCGCCUUCAUCACAGAGCGCUCCUCGAAAGAAUAUUACCUCCGACCAGAAAAGCCAAGUAAGAUAUACUGGGUGCAGCCAGGCAAUCAAGACGUCGGCGAUCAAGUUUUCAACGCCUUCCUAGCCGUCAAAGAAGACACGGAUGAAUACAUCAAGUCUGUCCGAGAUCGAAGAUUCGACAGAAAGUACCUCGAGAUAUACUCAACGCUCGGCUCAACAUUGCUAGGCUUCAUUUUACAAUUCGUCGGACUGAGAGGCCUUCACGCCUCCGUCAUCUUAGCCCAGCUAGGAUCGACAUUUCUAAUGGCGAUUAUACGAACCUGUUUGCGGACUGAGCGAAUGGCACCAGGAGAGAACAAAAUGAAAGAUGAAAGGGAUCUCACAUCUCACAAGCAGCAGGAAUUGGACUGCUUUGCUUUUCAUCUUGAGGAUCUACACUCUUUUGAUCUCGUUCCGCUGCCUGAUCAGUCUGCGAAUAUGCCUUCGCCGAGCAUUACUUUGCAAGUCGAAACACCCAGCGCGAAACAGAUUAUUAAAACAAGAGUUCAGCUGGCAAGGUUGACAUCCGACUCUAAUCAAAGCUUGAAUGUUGAUUGGGAUGAUAUGCCUAUUCGUCAGGUAGCUAGAAAACUUGCCCAAGCGAUUGAGUCAACAAUGGACUUGUUAAGCGACUGGGGAGUUGAGCUUGGAACCAACUUCAGCUUCGAGCUUGGCUUUGAGUGCGCGAAAAGCUCGUCACCCGAUAAGACUGAGUCGGCGGGGACUUAUUCAAUUGGUCUUGUGCGUUGCGGUGACGUCCUGCGAUGGAAGGUCAAUGUCAAUGAGCUUGAGGCUGUGCUAGGCUUGUGGGUUUGGUCUGUUCAUAAGUCAAAUGCACAUUUGCACAAUUCGACGUUUUGCCGCUUGGUUGGAUUGGAUGAGGCUGAGGCAAGUCUGGAGGACACUUAUCUGUAUUUCCAUAAGUGGAUCUUUCGACAAACUGAGGCGAGAGUUGUCAAGGCUGGGUUGAUCGACGGUGCCAACCGCCUUUUCAUAUCAGAGCCGAAAGACGACCAAUCCGAGAAAUCUGUUCUGACAGUAAGAACAACGAGUCCACUUGAGAACAUGGCUGCCCAGGACAUCUUUGUACAAUUUCUCAAGGAAGCUGUGCCUCACCUGAAGGAUCUCGGAAGUGAAACCGAUGUUGUCCCUGGUAUUCAAGGCUCCUUUUUCAGCUCUAAUGCUCGCAUAAACGACUUGGUCUCCGGGGUGGAAGACUCUGGGCUAGGGACGCGAGAGGAUGCGUUACUGUGCAUUGUACCAGUGUUGAAGAGAUUCGGCCUUCUGCCUACCUUUUCUGGUGACUUCCCAAUGAUCCGAGCUCGCAUUCAAGGAUUGAUCACACAAGGGAAAUGGAAGACGGCCUUUGAAUUGCUUCGCUGGAUAUGUGAGCGAUCAAUUGGUCCUGAACUCAAAACGUCUUGUUACGCAUUGGCGUACCUUUGCCAUCAAGCGAUGCUAAGUGACAGCUCCGCUGUCCGCAGCGAAGGAGCUGAGCAGACAUGCAGGCUCAUCAGUUCUGACAUACGAGAUGCCUUUUUCCAAACACGUUCACGCUACUUACCCCAAGAUUGGACCAAGUCCCAACAGCGUGUUGCUUGGUGGGAUAGUUUCCGCGCUCAGUUUGGCUGGGUAGCGUACGCAAUCACAAAGGAUAACCCUGAUUUGAGAUCGACUCAUAACUUCUUGGAGAGCGAGGGAAUACGAGAAGAGUUGUACAAUACCCAGGAUCCACAGUAUGGGACACAAGAUCUGCUCGAUAGCAGACGGGCAUUCAAAUAUUUCCUCGCAUCCAAUUCUAUCGAUCUUGAAGAUGGAGUGUUGUCAGAUGAAGACGGAGAUGGUCUUUGCCUUGGAUGGGCCAUUCGAAACUCCCAUGGGUUAUUACUCUAUUUUCUCCUCAUGAGGGUGAUCGAGUGGAGUGCACAAAUACCGAACUUGAUACCAACUGCCUACGCCCAUGCAGCUCAAAAUAAGUCCCGUUUUGCGAUCCGGGUUCUUCAGCGCCAUAACAUGGACAUCAACACCGUGGAUUCAUUCAAUCAAUCAGCGCUGAUCCAAUGUGUUGCACGCGCCGAUCUGGAGGGUUCCCGCAUUCUACUUGAAUACGGUGCGAAUGUCAACGGCAGCCACAAAGCAGGCGGAAUAAUCCCAUUGAUCGCAGCUACAGAGCUGGGACAUGUCAACAUCGUGGAAUUGCUUUUGCAACAUGGAGCCUCUCCAGACACGCUGGGCCCUCGGGGACUGCCGGUCAUGUGGUGGGCUAGCCGUUGCGGCAAUAUUGAGGCUGUGGAUAUGCUUUUACGCUAUGGCGCCGACAUCAACACUGCCCACUCUGAGGAGAAGACUCCAUUGAUGUUUGCUGCUGCCGAAGAGCAAAUUGACAUGCUAUCCUUUCUCAUAACAAAGGGGGCAGAUAUUGAUGCACGCGAUAGCCAGGGCCAUACUGCACUUAUGUGUGCAGCAUUCGAUGCUCAUCCUCAAGUGCUUCAGAUGUUGAUCACCGGAGGUGCAGAUUUGCAGCUCCGAAACAACGAGGGCUUGACAGCUUUAGAUCUGGCUAAUAGGAAAGAAGAAGGCCUUAGGGCUACUCAGCAAUAUGGGCACGGCAUGCCUUUCAUGGGUGUGCAACCAGCGACGAAUAAGCAUGCUCGCUGUCUGCAAGUUAUCGCUAUUUUGAAGCAUUCCAUGAAAGUUGCAUGA